AUGCGGUGGGCCUCUUUUCUGCUGCUAAUUCCAAUAUUACAAGCAGCGACACCUUCGUACGAGCCGCGAAUAAGUUACAUCGACGGCGACACCCCGGAUUCACAAUGUAAAACAAAGUUGGAGCGCCGAAUUUAUGGCCUCUCCGGCACCGUCUAUUCCCAUUCCGAGUACGGCUACGCGCCGUACAACGCGACGAAAAACUGCAUCGUCGUCCUGAUCGCCCCGGUUGGCUACCGGAUACGGUUGAGGGUUUUGGACUUCGACGUGCCUAGCAGCAGCCAAAGCCGAUGCAAAAAUGGGGACACCCUGCAUGUUUUUGAUCACGAAUCCGUCGUUGAACAAACCACCGUCACAUGGGGAGUCGACGACAUGCUGUCCCCUGGGGCUAUCAUGGGCCAAUUCUGCGGGCGCAUCAACACGAGCACAAUCUUGGCGACUUCGACGCAGAAUGCGAUGACAGUGUGGUGGCAUUCGGCGUCGCCUGGAGAUGAACAACCUCAUGUGGGCGGGAAAGGGUUCCGGUUGCACUGGAACGCGUACAGGGAAACGAGGAAGAAUGUACCCUGCAAAACCGAUCGCGAAUUCGCAUGCUCAAAUGGUGAUGAAUGCAUCCCAGCUGAACUCGCCUGCAAUAAACAAUCAGACUGCAACGAUGCCUCAGACCUAAUCCCCAGAAGACAGAAGGAAAACAUGUGUGAGAAUAUGGACCUCGACCCUCUGUCAGCCAUCUCGGGCCCACACCUCCUCCUCUUUGCCCUGGCUACCGUAAUCAGCGUGGCAUCGUUCUGUGUUUGCGCGUGCUUCAUGUGCCGCUGCUUGCAAAGGCCGGGCCGGACGCAGACGAAGGAUCAUCAGAAGUAUUCAACGGAAGGUCAAGGCCUCAGAACCCUCCCCGAUGGCUGCACACCGUACCCGCCCAGUUUUCUACCGCCAAGCCCACCCAAAAUGCAACUACCGGCAGCCCAGUACAACCAGGCGAUGCCAAAUCAAUACCUACCUGGCUUCCCAAAACAGCCCGGCGCCUACGCGUUCAGCGACGAUUCCCUGCCACAAUCGAGCGGCGAAUAUGCCCUCGGGAUGUCGUCCUGGGCCGACAUGGAGCUGAGCUCCCGCUACGGCGGAGCCAUGGGAGACGAUGAGGAGAACCAGCGCAAGUCCGAUGAGCGCGAGCGCAAGAAGGCCGAGGUGCGUCGCCGUCUCGAGGAUGCCAACCGCUCCAAGAAGGCCAAGAAGGGUUUCUUGACCCCUGAGAGGAAGAAGAAGCUCAGGAAACUGCUGAUGAUGAAGGCCGCCGAGGAUCUCAAGCAGCAGCAGAUGCUCAAGGAGCAGGAGCGUCAGCGCAUCCUCCAGGAGCGCAUCCUGCCGCUGCCCGACUUGAACUCGUGCGACGUUGACGAGACGUUCGAGGAGUUCCUGGAGCGCGUUUUGGAGCUGGAAAGCGAUAUCUACGAUCUCUCCUACACCGUGCGUCAAAAGGAUUUCGAAAUCAACGAGCUCACCAUUGCUGUCAACGAUCUGCGCGGAAAAUUCGUCAAGCCCACGCUCAAGAAGGUCUCCAAGACCGACUCCAAGUUCAACAAGAUCAAGAAGAUCGAGUCCCAGAAGGUCGAUUUCGGAAGUGGCCUCCGAAAAGUCGAGAAGAACGACUACUCCGUGGAUGCCCCGAAAGAGCCGAAGGAGAAGCUCGAGUGGCAGAAA